CAUUUGACAUGUUGUUGUUUUUAUUUGGCUUGUGUAAUUUAGAAAAUGUACAACUUACUACGAAUGUCGGAAACUGCCUCGGUUUCUGUUUCAAUCAAUGGAAAGAAUGAAAAUUGACAUUAUCUUUGCUGUUAUUCAUUGCAACUUGGCAGUAAGUAGCUUAUUUUGUUGUUCUGUGUAGCCACCGUCUUAUCGCAAAUCAACGUGCCUUGGGUAGAUUCCUAGACAGAAGAUCAUGAGGAAGGUUUCUAAAUAUGUCACAAGAAAUAGAUGUUAACCCUCCGGUGGCAAGCGAGGAUCAUGCUGACAAUGACAACGAUCAAGAAAAUAUUGUUUCAAACGAGGUUGAUGACAACUUAGUCGUUCCAACGAGCGUAAGUGGUGCAGUUGAUGAACAAACUACGAAUGAAGACGGCGGACCUGUGCCAGUUGAUGAAGAAACUACGAAUGAAGACGACAACCAUGUGCAGGAUAUUGCCCCCAGUGACGAUGAGGAGCAGGAACUUACAUUCGAAGAAGUUCCUGUUUCACCUGUUAUGCAAGAGAAAAUUAAGAGAAUUGAAGCUGUUUUAGAGACAUCACGUGAUCCUAAAAGUCUAAAACAGUUUGCUUUGUCUGAAGGCGGUCUUGUCACUGAUGAAAUUCGAAGAAAAGUUUGGCCAAUACUUGUCGGAAUUGAUGCACCAUCAGAUACUGAACUUCCCAGCCAAGCUGAAUUAGAAAGUCAUGCAGAAUAUCAGCAAGUAGUGCUGGAUGUUAAUAGAUCUCUCAAAAGAUUUCCACCAGGUAUUCCUUAUGAACAGAGAGUGGCUUUGCAAGACCAGUUAACAAGGCUUAUACUGAGGGUAAUAAUCAGAUAUCCUCAUUUGCGGUACUACCAGGGUUAUCAUGAUGUUGCAGUGACAUUCCUUCUUGUUGUGGGAGAAUCUGUUGCAUUUAAAAUAAUGGAGAAGCUCUCUACUACUCAUCUCAAAGAUUGUAUGGCAGCAACUAUGGAAAAAACUUCCUAUUUGCUCAAUUAUAUAUAUCCUCUAAUCCAGAGGUUGCACCCAUCACUAUGUGAUUAUUUGGAGAGGUCAGAAGUAGGAACAAUGUUUUGCUUGCCUUGGUUUCUAACUUGGUAUGGCCACAAUUUAAAUAAAUAUCAAGAUGUGGUUCGGCUGUAUGAUUUCUUCCUUGCAUCACCACCACUAACACCAUUAUAUCUGGCAGCAGAGAUUGUAGUAUAUCGGCAAGAUGAGAUAUUUGCAGUGGACUGUGACAUGCCCAGUAUCCACUCACUUUUGUCACAGAUUCCAGAUGAUUUACCAUUUGAAGAACUAUUAAAAAAGACAAGUGACCUAUAUCUACAGUACCCACCAGAAAGUAUUGAAGCAGAAGUUUCUGAGAGGUCACGUAGAGAGUCGAGACCAAGGAGAUCUGUUGUUCCACAGAGACCUUUGCCACCACAACAGUUCAGCACGCUCUGGAGGUGGUUGGAGUGGAGUGGAGUAGUGCAUCAAGGAGCACCUCGCCGAAAAUUCACAAUGCUUGUUGUUCCAGUUGUUACCACAUUAGUUGUCAUUUACGCCUAUUGUAAAGCAGCUGAGGCAUACACUUUUGAUCUCGUCACAUCAAUAAGAUAGUAAAAGUAGAAUCAAGGACAACUGAAACUAUAUAAGUGUUAGAUUCAUUACAGAUUAUUUGUUGGGCAUUUUAGCAGAAUCAUGCCUUUUUACCCGUGCAAUACUCCAACAAUACUGUUUUUCAAUGUUACAGUCAUUGUACCUGAUGGCAUGAUCUGCAUCUGUGGGUUGCUAGAACAUUACUGUAUUCUGACAGAUGGUAUAUAUGGUGCUAAACAUGGAGUACCAUGUUUGAUGCUAGUGAAAUUAAGAGGCACGUUUGUGUGCUGAGGCUACAUUCGUAUCAAACUUGUCAACAUAUAUAAAGAGCGACUUAUUUUUCAAAAAUUAUAGGGUGUAAAGAAUAUUUAUGAGAAAUACAGAAAUGUCUUUACUUGAGUGUUGCAUCGGUUUCAUAGAAUGUGCGAAUAGUCUGCCUGAAAAAGGCCCCAAUAGUUCAGAAAGAAUGCUAAUAUUUUUAUAUGAUUCCUUUAGCAAUAUAUGCCACUACUGUGUUUCUUUUGUGAUCAGGGACUAGUGUACAGCUAUAGUUAUGAUUGAUUCCUCAAAAAAUUAUAUGUUCUGCACAUAUUCAACCCUGCAACAGUGGUUUAGACACAGAUCUGAAGAAUGAUGAAACUCGAACUUCAAAUGAUGGAUACUGCAUUUAUCUGCUUUUGUAAAACAGUAGAGGACUGAAGAAAUAAGUAUAUAUCAUGAUUGUUACAUAAUACUUGUUGAUAUGUACACAUGCAGACCAGUGCCCAUAUUUUUCACAAGUGCGAAAUAAUGUGUUCACAGUAUGUGGCUUUUGUCAUUACAAUACUGCAGAUUUGUACUGUACUUGUUUCCAAGUAAACAGUUGAGCCUUCAAUAACAGCAAACAUUAGAAAGUAAUGACUUAAUCAGUGACUAUAAUGCACAUUCAAAAACACCAUACUACUAAACAAAUGAAGCAAAGUUGUGAUUGACAGUGAAGUUUGGAAAUAUACAUUCCUUGGUGUGGUAUCUUUGAUCAUGAAAGAUCUGUAUUACUACCAGUUGUCUCACAUUAUUAAAAAGAAAACUUGCUUAUGUUCAUGAAGGGUCUAAAAGUUUUCGACCAUAAUUUCCAUAAUAGGUACUGUUAAAAUUAACAGAAUUGUGAAGACUGAUCAGUUACUGUUUUUCUAUUGAUAUUGCCUUAAUCAAAUGAUUUUGCAUAGAAAGAAAUUACAGUCUGCAAUGGCACUAAACCACAUUUAUCAGGUGCUUUGAAUCUUUCUGAACGUGUAUGUCAGUUUAUGCCAAUUGUGUUAUAUUUAUUCCUAUACAAAUACUUAAUUCGGUGCAAGGAGUAAGCAUUGAGAUAAACUACAUACUUGUGAAGACUGGCUCAAGUUACUAUCCUCUUCUAACUUAAUGCGGUAAUUUCUAUACCAUUACAAGUGUCUGUUCCUGUAACUUCAGUGCACAUCAUCAUUAGAACCAUUACUUAUGUAUCUGAAAGUGAUGAAUUUAUUUCUAGACUAUGAAGUAAACCGAAAUAAUUGUAGUUUAGAGAAUGAAAAUGUUUUUAAACAAAUAUGGCUUUUAAUCAUAGGAUUAUUUUUUCUUGUAGUAUUCUCAUCCACAUUAUAACUUAGUCCUAUUUUGAACAAUGUAUCAAAUUUGGUCCUGUGGCACCUGUGUAUUGCAUUUUACCUUCAGUUUGAUUUGAUAUCUCAAUCAACAGCAGAGUUUUGAAUAAUCAGUACUUUCUGCUGGAACUUUCAGUAGCUGUCAACAGAUUUCUGAAAGCAGAAGCAUAGAGAUUGUUUCAGGCAGAAUUUAUAUCUGUGUAGAGAAUAUUGAUUUGUCUCUCUGCCCAUUCAGUGAUUAUAAAUAUACUGUUACAUUCUUUUAAGGCCAUUUGCAAACUAAGUAGUGCCAUAAUUGUUGUUGUUGUUAUUAUUUGUUACUUCAUGCUUUUCCUGUUGAAGACACUAUUUCCUAACACUUUACUGUAUUCUUACAAUUUUUACCCCCCCCCCCCCCCCCCCACCACCACCAAUUUUUUCAAGAACACUGAGUAUUAAUCGCAUUAAAGACCUGGAGGAGAUAGAAAAUUGUCAGAAAUGGGACACAAUGUAUAGCUUUUGAAUGAUUUUUGAUGUCUGAGCUCUUGUGAAAUAACAAAAAAAUAGCAUAGACACAAGAGACACCAAUAAUAUUACUGUAUUAGAUGUUGAAGUGACACAAUUCACGCUCUGUGGACAAACACUGCUUCUUGUUAAGAAAUCAUGUACCUGCAGACCUCACUUCAUUCAUGGUGUAAUAUAUCAAUGAAAAUAAUCAGUUUUUGGAAAUAUAAGUAACUGAACAGACAAAAGUUUAUUCAACCGGUGGCAGCAGGAGAGCAUACGCAUAAAAGGCAUUACAGUUUGCUGGUUUUCACAGCCAGUGGGUUCUCCUUCUGGCAGAAGGGUUGAGGGGGAAGGAAGAGGGGUGAUGGAAAAGGGCUGGUGAGUUUUAGAAAAAGUCAUCCAGAUCCCCGGGUCGGGGGAGACUUACCAGACAGAAUGAGAAGGAAAGACCAAUUGUUGGGGACUGCGAUGGAUGAGAUUUGAAAAUCUCAGAGCUUAAAGAUGGAAGAUAGGGUAAUAUGCAAGGCAGAAAUUACUGUUAAAACAUCUAUCAUGAGUUAAUAAGAGUAAAGAUCUAAGUGCAUUACAUGUGAUAAAGGUGGGAGGGGACAGUGAAAAAAUAGACAGGGCAGAAAAUGAAAGAUGUAGAAAACUAAAAGGGAAUGAAGAAAGGAAUAGUUACUGUGAAGGAAUGCUGAGACUGAGGAAGUAAUAUCAGUCUUGCAUAUUGCCCUAUCUCCCACCUUCAAAUUCCCAGAUUUUCAAAUCUCAUAUGCAGUUUUUCCUUCCCAUCCCAUCUGGUAAGUCUCCCCUGAUAGCAAACUGUAAUACCUUUUAUACGUAUUUUCUCCUGUCACCACUUGGUGAGUAGAUUUUUUAUCUAUUUGAUUACUUAUAUUCAUUGAUGGUGUAUUUUGUUUUGGUUUAGUGUUUCUUUGAUUUGACUUAAAUCUUGGAUGCUGGACCAACAAAACUGUCUUUUUUUCUGAAGACUGCACAGUACUGGUAUCAGUAAUUGUGAUCUAUUUAAAAUUAUAAGUUUUUAUCUAAAUUUUGCUCAUAAAAUUCUUGUAACUUAUCCAUGUUACUUUAGAAGACUGUUUCACAUAUGUACUUGCUUUCAUUUUUUGAACAGUAGCCUACUGAAUUCAUGUGCAUUGCUAGUUAAAUAACAGAGGUAAUGGUUACAUUUUGUACAGAGGAGGAAGUAGUGUUGUACUGCUAAUUAUACUUCUGGUUGGGUAUUUGCCUUUUAAGCUUCAACACUCAAACAAGAUUUAAAGUACUGCUUAUUUCGUUCCAUGUGAAUUUUUUUUUUUUCUUCUUUGGUUUACUCAUCCUUCUGAACAGUAUUCACAUGCAAGAACGAACUUCGUCUUUCAUGAUUUCUCAAAUGUCGUUUAUGUGCACGUAAUAUGCUUGCCAUUCCCUGCCACUUCUCCUGUUCUCUGUAUUACUGUUUAAUAUUAAAUCAGAAUGAGAGGGAGACAUAUGCAGUUGAGAAUUAAAAAGUCAGCAUUUUACAUAGAAUUUGCACAGAGCAAAAAGUUCUCACUAAAAAAUUAUGAGUUUAUUUGCUCUAAUUAUAGAUUUGUGUUGCAACAUUAUUAUUGGGACUGAAUAUGCACUAGCAAAAGAAAGAAGUAAAGAAUAUGAAACAUAGUUCAGGAUAGUGAAACGUUUAGCUUCACAACUGAAAUAGUAGUAACUGCAAGUGUUUAUUACUUUCUGCAAAUUAUUUGGUUCCAAAGCCUUAUGAUGACCCAAUAAUUUACAAGUGUGAUAAAUGGGAAUUUAAUGACUAAAUAUUUCCUUUUAUUCUUUCAAAGGAUUACAUGAUGUUUCACUUAUUCCAGUUUUUUUGUUGUAAACUGCUACUAUAACUGGAUAAGAAAUUUAGACAUUCUAAAAAGAAGUUAUUAAUAAUGAAACAUUAACAAAUGGUAAAACAAGAGAUUAUUCCCAAUAUUCUUUCUUCUUUUAAUCAAAAUAACUGAAAUAUUGUGGUCUCUGUAGGGAGAACCCUAACAUAUUUAUGAUUUUGUGGAUUAUCAGGUGUAGAAGUAUGAAAUGUGAAUUUUUUGUCAAAAAAAAAAAAACAAAACAAAAAAAAGAGUUAAAUUCAGAAGAAUGGCAAGUAGUGCUUUAUUCAAAGUAUGCUUCGUUAUUUGUUACACAUUUUUCCCAUCUUUCAGGCCAUGGUGACUGCCACGCCAGUAAAAUUUUUCCCUUUUGCUGCAACCCCUUCGUCGAGCCAUUUUUUUUUUUUUUUUUUCACACCUUCAUAUGAACCAAACCACUGCUCAGCAUCUGUGUGACCCAUCGAUGCACACAAAUGGUAAUCAGCAGGAGCCAAGUCUGGUGAGUAAGCUGCAUGGAGUAGAACUUCCCAGACAAGUACUUCCAGCGUGUCGCAAACCAGUUUUGCUGUAUGUGAAGGACCAGUGGCAGGAAGAAAAUUACUGUGUGUUGUCUCUUAGGCUAUUGUGGCAUUUUUUUAAGCAGCAAAUGGUUCAUAUUAAGUCCAUUGUUGUUGGUAACACCUAGUAUUAAGUUUUGCCAGGUUUUAACAGCUUAUAAUAGACCAUGCCCCUCUGGUCCCACCCAACACAAAAGAGUAUCGCCUUCUUGGCAAAGUGAUUCAGGCUUGCGAGAAAUGUGGAUGGUAUGCUUGGGUCUAAUCAUGAUUUUUGCACUUGAGCUUCUCAAAAUAAAUCCACUUUUCAUCCCUGUAACUAUACACUGCAAAAAUAACUUCCUUUUGUAUCAAGGGAGCAAAAUCUCAAGUGUUUUUGUGCUUUUCCAUUUGCCUGUCAUUCAACUCAGGUGGUACCCAUUUAUUGGUCUUCCGAAUCUUUCCCAUCUCUUGUAGUAGAUUGGAAACAGUUUGUUGACUAAUGCUCAAUUGCUCAGUGAGUUGUUUUUGUGUUUGCGAAUAAUCUUCAUUCGACAAUGCUUCCAAUUCCACAUCUUUGUAUUUUUUUGGCUGUUUUCCAUGUUCCUUGUUUACAACAUUGAAGCCACUAGUUUUGAAAUACCGAAACCACUGUUCACGGAUAACUUUCAAUGGAGCAUCUUCACCGUAAGCUUCUUGGAGUAAUUGGUAUGAUUCAGCAGCUGUUUUCUUCAAAUGAAAACAAAAAAUUAAUGCUGUCCAUGAAUGCUCUUUGUUAGAUAUAAAUAUUGACAUAUUGAACACAACACUGUACACAUACUUUUCCAGUUUAUCAUUCCUGCAUGUCUGACGCAUGAUAACACAGUAAAAUGACACGUGUCAAAUCUUUAUAGCACAAGUUGCAUUGAUGCUACAUCUGUCGUCUGAAAUCCGCAUUUCAUACUUGUACAUUUCAGAGUGUAGUCAUUUUACUGUUGCAUUGUCAGUUCAUAACAUAUUGUACAAGAUAGAAGUGGAGUAAAUUUUGUCCUUAUUUGACAAUGUAUCUGGCAUUUUAAUUUAGAAGAUCAAUAGUUAAUUCAGACACACUGCAUUAUUUCAACAGAAAACAGAAUAACAUUGUUUCCAUGUAUAUAUAGCCCAAGAACAAACUGUGU